CGCUGCUGCGUAGUGACGUCACAACGUUCCCGGGGUGACGCCCUCUUUUCCAAGUCUUUCAACGAACUUGUCCGCCCGCUUUUUUACAACCCGGAACUCUUUCCUGUGUCAAAUAUGUCUUUGAGUGAAAAAAGUGAUGAUGAGCUCAGCAAGAUGCUCUCUGACUACGGCAUUAAACAUGGACCUAUUGUUGACUCCACUCGCAAGCUGUAUGUAAAGAAGCUUGAGAACGCCAUGGAACAACCGCCAGUGAAAGCCUCCUCUGAUAAGACUUACUACAGGGAAGAAGAAGAAGAAAUUACGUACAUCACAUACCACAGCCCGGUCAAACAUGAAGGUUACACAAACACGCUGAUGCGGAGACGCGACACUGCAAAUGAAGAUGAGGAGUCACACGAAGACAUGCAGCCCAUCCGGCGUGGUGGAAGAGCAGCCAAUCAGAAUGCAGUAUACUCCAAGGAGGCGGCCCGGCCUGGAUGCAGUAUGUGGGGGGUGAUGAAGAUGCUCCUGCUGAUAGCAGUGUUAGCAGCUGCCUACUACGCCUAUUGCCACGUGGUCAACAACGAUGAAAAUCCUUUCAAGCUGGAAUAACGUCCAAGAUGUUAUUGCCGUAUUUUAUGUCCACUAAUUGAUAUGUUUUCUCACAUUCUAUUUUUUUGUACUGUAUGGUGAAUGCAGUCUGCAAAUCAUGUAUGCAAAGCCAAAGUGAACAUCCACUUACCAAAUGUGAUUCCCUACUAUGGUUGCCAAGUUGGGUCUAAAAAUGACCUACUAUGUCCCUUAUUAGUGGGUGCUUUAUAUGAAUUUUUACAGCAAAAGUAGUAGCUGCCCUGUCCUGUUCCGUCACCUGCCUUUUGUGGCAGAAGGCGCUGGUUCGAUCCUCCGCAAGAGUUGUGUCAGAAAGGGUAUCCCGUGUAAACAGGAAGCUAAAUCCUCGUGUUUGAAUGUGGCGACCCCUACUGGGGGAAAAGUUGAAAGCUAGUUUAUUAUAUCCUUUUAAUUUACUAGUCAUUUUUCAGUAAAAAAAAAAUAAGUUAUUGAAUUAUUUGUUUCCCAUGUAUUCGUUUUACUCCAAAACAUGUGUGGAAUUAAAUUCAGGUAAGGGUAUUAAAAAUUGCUGCGCACAAACAAAAAAUUGCAAAAUAAAAAUUUGUGGAAUCUUUUAGGCCGACCCUGCAAACAAAGUGUUGCUUACUUUUAGUUACAGGAGUUGACAACCCUACUCAAUAAAACAUCAUGUGGCCACAAAUUAAUAAUCCUGUGUGAAACUGUUCUAUGAUUUGCAAACACAACGAGCCUGUAAGGAAAUAUUAGUUCUCUGAAUUAUUUGUUUCACGGGUUUAUCUUCCUGAAAGCAAGCAAUUUUAAAAACUGACUAAUGCAGCUUGAUAUCGGUAGUUGUAUGGGACUACCUGUUUUACGAAAAUGGCUACCUUGUGUGUUUUCUUUGCUUUCUUGCACAUACUGUAACACUAUCCAUUGUCUGAUGUGAGUGUUAUUGUUCUUUUGGCGGAUUUCAUGGUUUGAUUUACAUACUUUCAUUACGUUUCCAUUCAUUAUGUAUAUGAUGAUGUCAUGGGUAAUAAUGUUUUUUAUAUAAAUACUUUUAUACCUCUAGAUGGGCCUCCUCGUGUCAUAUCAAACCAAACACUGUCAGGGAUUUUAUGUGUGCGACUGUAUCAUCAACCUCACAAAUGUUUUUCUGCAUGAAUGGACACAAACCAACAUCCAACAUCUUGUGGAAACUCUUACCAGACGAGUGGGAACUUUUAUUGUUGCGUUGGGCAGACCAACUGUAUUUCUACUUCGGUAUCAUCCUAUUACAUUUGUUUCAUAUGGUGUGACUAAAAUGAUGGUCUCUUGCUCCUAGAAUCUUGCAAUAAAGUUAACAUUGAAUGUUACAAAAGAUACAAAUGAGUAUAGAAACAUAACAUUUGGAAUAAAGCCAUAUCAAGUA